GUUUCGGAAUCUUCCUUAGUGCAGUGGAUAUUCACCUACUUUCCAAUAUCUGUCGUAACGAAGUGAUUAGUACUCAACUCCAGCUUGCCUGACCACUGAUCAGUGGGCUGGUAAAGUGAGAUAUUACACCGCCGAGGUAUUUCCCAACUGUCCAAGUCCAAGUGUCCUAGAGUUCUAGAAGCAUUUUCGUGCACGUAGCAGAAAGAGUGCUUUCCGGAAUUUAACUUUUAAUCCUCAUCAAAUUGUGGAAAAUCUGCAGAUAUGUCUCUGAAACAGAUCUUGGACAAAGCUGCCCGAGCUGGAAUCACUACUGGUCUUCGUAGACUCUCAAUUUCAGCGGAAGCAGAAGCAGCCGAAUCUCAUCAUGGAUUGGGCGGUGUCACUUUUGAAUUGAAUGAAAUGCAAAAGGAGAUGCAAGAACUUGCAAGGAAGUUUACACGGGAAGAAAUCAUUCCGGUAGCCGCCGAGCACGAUAAAACUGGAAAAUUUCCUUGGGAAAUCGUGAAGAAAGCUCAUGAAGUGGGUUUAAUCAAUGGCCACAUUCCAGCACAUUGCGGUGGUAUGAAUUUGGGAACUUUUGAUGGAUGCCUUGUAGCAGAAGAACUGUCUUAUGGGUGUACAGGAAUCGGUACGGCGCUCGAAGCAACUGGUCUUGGACAAAUGCCUGUCAUCCUUACCGGAAACAAAGAACAACAGAAGAAGUAUCUGGGAAGAUUGAUUGAUGAGCCUUUAUUAGCGGCUUAUUGCGUCACCGAGCCUGGUGCUGGAUCUGAUGUUAGUGGUGUGAAAACAAAAGCAGAAAAGAAAGGAGAUGAAUAUGUAAUUAAUGGUCAAAAAAUGUGGAUUACAAAUGGAGGAGUCGCCAACUGGUAUUUCGUUCUUGCUCGCACAAACCUGGAUCCCAAAUGUCCUCCUGGCAAGGCUUUCACAGGAUUUAUCGUCGAUAGAGACACACCUGGAUUAACCCCAGGUCGUAAGGAAAUCAACAUGGGCCAAAGAGCUUCUGACACCAGAGGUAUUACAUUUGAAGAUGUCAGAGUGCCAAAAGAAAAUGUUCUCAUCGGUGAAGGUGCUGGUUUCAAAAUUGCCAUGGGAGCCUUUGACAAAACAAGACCUCCAGUUGCAUCAGGUGCCACAGGACUAGCUCAGAGAUGCUUGGAUGAAGCCUCAAAAUAUGCCCUAGAAAGGAAGACGUUUGGUGUACCAAUUGCAAUGCAUCAGGCUGUAGCCUUUAUUCUAGCUGAUAUGGCUAUUGGUAUUGAAGCUGCCCGUUUAACAUGGAUGAAAUCUGCUACUGAAGCUGAUCUAGGAAAAAGAAAUUCAUAUUAUGCCUCCAUCGCCAAAGCAUUCGCUGCUGAUGUUGCAAACAAAUGUGCCACCGAUGCUGUCCAGAUAUUUGGAGGCAAUGGAUUCAACAGUGAAUACCCUGUCGAAAAACUGAUGCGAGAUGCUAAGAUUUACCAAAUCUACGAAGGAACCGCUCAAAUUCAAAGACUGAUUGUUUCUCGAGAGGUCAUCGAACGAGCCAAAAAACUAUAAGACUGACUUUAGUACUGUGUAUCAUUAUUCGCUCUUUGAUUCCAUCUGAAGGAGUGUUUGUUGUGUAAACUGUCCCUUUGUUUUUACUAUUAUUAUAUUAUUUUAUGCAAUGGUGUUGUUGUUGUAAAGUAUUUAAUUCUAAUGAAUUUACUAUAAAUGGAUAAAAUGUAAUGGAUUUUAUUGUGAAUGGAAGUGUAAGUUUCGUGUUGUGAUUAACUGAAGUUUGUCUUGCUAGGUUUUAACUGAAAUUCUAUUCUUUCUUUUAGAAAUUUUUACUGAGUUUCACACCCUUUUCCCUCUGGACCUCUUGUUCUUUUACAACACCUGCCCCCUUUUUAUUUUGUUUUAUUAAAAUCGGUGAGAAUAAAUACAGUUUGAGUUGUUGGGGGGAAUAAGGCAACAUAAAUUUUGAACUGUCUCAAAGUCAUUCCUUCAAUCUUAUUGAAGGUUUGAGUUUUUAAUGUUAUCAUUUUACCUCACUAAAACGUAUCCCUUAGUUUUAAAGAGUUUUAAAGUAUUGUAAUUUCAUUUGAUAAUGACGCACAAGUCGCGCCACAGUUUUUUAGGUAGUGUGUGAUUUAUUCGUCUGCUUUUCUUGGUCUCUGAUCUUCCCUCUUCAAUCAGCAAUACUUUCUCAUGAUUUGUCCUUUUGGAAAAAGAGCCAUAUUUGGUCAAUGAACAAGAAAUAGGUAAAUUUAGCUUUAGAUUGAACUUUUUCAAGAACACAAAAAUCCGUUUUAUGUGAGCACAAAUUACUUUAGAGAACACUGGCUUUAACUUACCAUAAUUUCAAAUGAACAGGUUUCGGUGGCUGCCCUGGCCAUCAUUGUUAGCUAUCAUAGUCGCAUACUGAAUCAGCUGAUGAUGGUUUUCAAGGGAGCCACCGAAAUAUAUCUAUAAUUAAAGCAGAUGGAAGCCGAAUUUUUUGAAAGUAAUUUGUGUUCAAAGAAAUAGUUAUUACCUUUUUGUAUUUUUUUUCUUCUCACUUGUACCUGUUAUUGUUGAGUAAGUGCCGAAAUAAUUAUUUUAAUACUCUAAGCUAAGAAAAUAAAUUAAUUUUUUUAUAACCUUA